GGGUAGUAGAUUCUAUAUUUUACUUCACUCCUCCAACACGAUGUUCAAACUUGUAAGCAUUUCGAUCUUGGCUUCCGUUGCAGCAAUGGGAAUAGUGCCUCACGAGGGUGAGCCUCUUGCACAAGGCUUUGAGAAUCGCGUACGAGGUAUUCUGCCCAGAAACCAAACACUUGAUGGUGACGAACCACAGCCCCGAUUUUUUGGCAUCUUUGACGAGGACUGGGAAUUCUAUGAUUACGUUACCGAAACAAUCAGCUCAUGGCUUGAGCAGAAAACCCUUGUCGCUGCUGGGUUUGUUAGUGACCCGUAUCCUUAUGAGUUCGGCAGUGAUGCUUUCAAGGUUCAAAUUCACGAUGCGGAAUGUUACGUUGUAGUCCAGGCGACCGACAGUUUGUCCGACUGGAUCUCCAACGUUCAGUUCUUUAAAUCCAAUUAUUAUUAUGAUGGUCACUACGUGGGAACAGCGCAUAGUGGGUUUGUAGACGCGUAUAAUACAUUCGCAGCGACGGGUAUGCAUGAGAUGGUCAACCGUUUAUGCAGCAACGUCAACCACAUUAAUUUCGUGGGUCACUCGCGCGGAGCAGCAAUUGCUACUCUACUUGCCACUUCAUAUCACGUGCAUUCGCGCUUCACUGUGGAUUUGUUCACGUUUGGAGCACCUCGGAUAUUGGAAGAUGCGAGCUCAGAUUUAUUUCACCGCGCCUUCACACAGGUGCGUGUGAUGAAUAACGAUGAUCCGGUGACAGCCACGAUGGGCUUAUACGGGAAACACUUUGGGCUUGUUGUUUGUCUCAACUGUCGCGAGACUGAGCGAGAUAGCUCUGAAAAUGGCAAUCCUUUGAACCAUAAAAUGACAAAUUACCUGGGCACAAUCAAAAAGGUUUUUGGGUGAAAGUCGACAAAAGGAGAACGCAGAUGGAUUACAAUAUAAUUUACGCACUCUCUUGAGACCUUGUGGGAAAGCAGUUUGUAUGUAGAUCUACUUAAUACCACGAGUACUACGACCCAAGUACAUGACAGCGUUGCUAUGGGUAUGGUCUAUUUUCUUAUACUAAGGAUGCGCAUUCUCUGGCUGAGGUGUUUUUAGUGGCAGCGCAUACGAUUUAGUGUUAGUCUAUAAACUACAAUUUACCGCACUAUGCAACUCCCUAUGCAAUUUUUUUUGCCAUAGAUGUAGCUUUUUUUGUUAAAAAAUACGACCAAUAAAGUUAAAACCUUUGAAGAAUGCACGAG